AACAGGUUGAGAACAAAGCGGGACUCCUUAUCCUCGUUCCCUGGACGGCACAAUAAUCCACACGCCGGCAGAAAUGGCAGUCCAUCUCAACCAUCCACUCCCCUCUCUCGCCGCCAAAAAACGUUUCGUCGCGAAAUCCCAGACGCCCACUAAACUACGCGUCUCCUGCUUCACUUCGAACCACUCGGGCAAGUUUAAGAGGGACUACACGAGCGUGAUGAUAGUCCCGACAGGGAUAGGAGCCGCCAUUGGUGGAUUCGCCGGCGACGCUCUGCCCGUAGCCCGCGCGCUCUCCUCCGUCGUCGAUUGCCUCAUCACUCACCCCAAUGUGCUUAAUGCAGCAAUGCUCUACUGGCCCAUGCCAAAUGUUUUGUACGUUGAAGGUCAUGCUCUUGACCGUUUUGCUGAAGGAUCAUGGGCCCUGCAGCCUGUACACCAAAAUAGACAGGUGGGAUUGGUUCUUGAUGCUGGGAUAGAGGAAGAGCUUCAGAUACGCCAUUUACAAGUGGCUGAUGCUGUAAGGGCUUCCCUUGGAUUGCCUAUGGUGGAAUAUAUUGUAACUGACACCCCUUUGGAGGUAGAAAAGUGGGUUGAUCCAAAGAGUGGGCAAUCAACAGGGAGAAUUAAACACCCCGAGUCAUUACUGAGAGCUGUACAGACUUUAGUUAGCUGGUCAGGGGUUAAUGCCAUUGCAGUUGUUGGACGCUUCCCAGAUGAUGAUGUUGAAGACACAGAUGACUAUCGGCAAGGAAUGGGAAUAGAUCUAUUGGCAGGAGUGGAGGCGGUUAUAAGUCAUUUGGUGGUGCAGGAAUUCCAAAUUCCUUGUGCACAUGCUCCUGCAUUAUCACCCUUUCCCCUGAGCCUAUCGCUGUGCCCAAAAGCGGCUGCUGAGGAGUUAGGACACACAUUCUUGCCAUGUGUGCUUGCUGGGCUAAGUAAUGCACCACAAUACCUGGUGAAGAACAAUGAGUCCCUGGAAAAGGGUUGCAUAUUGGCAAGUGAUGUUGAUAGUGUUGUUCUUCCUAUAGAUGCUUGUGGAGGAGAGGGUGCUCUUGCUUUUGCAAGAAGCAAAAGGAACAAGACACUUAUUAUUGCUGUGGAGGAAAAUGAAACAGUUCUCAAUGAUACACCAGAUAAAGUUGGGAUUGAAGCGGUCAAGGUCUCAAACUAUUGGGAAGCCAUUGGUGUCAUUGCAGCUCACAAGGCAGGAAUAGACCCACAUUCUCUCAGAAGGGACAAAAUAAACAACAUCCCGUGCACUCCCACAGCUAAUGGUUAUGCAUUUUCAAGUACCAUGCGGAUCACCUGAUUAAAGUUGAGAAAUUAUUUAAAAAUUAUUCUGACUCAUGGCCCAUCUUAUUUGCUUGCAGCUAUGGGAUUGGUAGGUCGGUAGAAUGCAUGGGCAAUCAGCAACUUUGAAUGUCCAUUUCAAGCUCUUAGCUGGUUGACAAUGAUGUAAGCCAUCUUGAAAGUAGCACGUAUGGAGCUCGACAGCCGCAUCAAAGUCAUCAAUGAGGGUAUGUAGCUGACAUCUCAUUUGAAGGAAAUUGAAAGAGAUUGAAUAGAAAUGAAUUCGAAGGAUUUUUCGGGUAGGGUUAAAAUUCAGGAAGACAGAUUGAAAUUGUGUGUUGAACUUUCCGACACCGUUCCAUAUUUAUAGGAUGUAAUACGUACAACUCUUCACCAAAAAUUGCAUUGUUUCUCUUUUUAUAACUUCUAUAGAGGUUAUCAUAUUUCAUGAA